AUGCCUCUCUCUGAUCAGGGUGUACAGGGCGUAAAGCAACUUCUCGAUGCAGUGACCAGCGAAGGACCGUCCGGCGCACCAGGCCUCGCCUUCCACGCUGUCGACAAAUCCGGAAAGACCCUUGUGGAGCACCAGGCAGGAAACCUCAGCAUCGACAGCAAGCAAGCCGUCAAUGAAGAUACUCUUUUCUGGAUCGCCUCUUGCACAAAGCUCGUCACCGCCGUUGGCCUCCUCCAGCUUGUCGAGCAAGGUAAGAUUGGUCUUGACGACGCCGAGGCAAUCAAGAAGUAUGCCCCCGAAAUUAGCAAGAAGCAAGUCUAUCCAGAUGGUGUCAAUGGCGUCGACCAGGAGAACCAAGUUACCCUACGGAUGCUGCUCUCACACACAGCAGGCUUCGGAUACUCUUUCUUCGACCCGCGAUUGCGCGCACCAGGUAACAUCGAAGGCCAGAUGGGUGAUGUGAACGACAUCCUCAAUACGCGGCUCGUCAAUCAGCCCGGCUCUAUGUGGGAGUACGGUCUCAAUAUCGACUGGGCCGGCAUAGUCCUCGAGCGCCUCACCGGCCAAAGGCUAGGGGAAUACUUCAAGGAGCAUAUCUUCGCCCCUCUAGGCGUCGAUACAGCCGGCGCAACAAUGUUCCCCCCUUCCAGUGCCCGCUCGAACCUCGCUGAAAUCCACCAACGCUCUCCCGACAGCGGCGAGCUACGUGUCCGCGACCACGUCUAUGGCCUCCCGCUCCAGCAAGACAGCGCAGAGAAACAAGACGCUUACUUCCAAUCCGGCGGCGCAGGCUUAUUCGCAAAGCCGAAGGAGUACGUCAAGAUCCUCGCUGCCAUCUUGAACGAGGGCACCAGCCCCACAACAGGAAAGCAGAUCCUCAAGCCUGAGACCGCGGCGCUGUUCUGGGAGAACCAGAUCCCGAACCACUCUGCCCUCCCUUCCACGAUGCCCCUUCCACGCCUCCUUCAGGAAACUUCAUCUAACACUUCGUUCCAAAGACCAGACUUCGCCCGCGGCGGCCCGCCCCCAGCGAACCCCGAGCUCGUCAACGCCUCACCCGAAUUCUACCCACAGCCCGGCAAUCCGCCGCAAGGCUGGACGUACGCAGGAUUCCUGACGAUCGAAGCCGGGCCGUCGGGCCGCGGCAAGAACACAAUCUGGUGGAUGGGGCUGGCGAACUGCUUCUGGUGGAUCGACCGCGAGAAGGGUGUUGCUGGGUUCUUGGCGGGCCAGGUGCUGCCGAACGGCGACCCAAAGGUGAUUCCUGCGUGGUUCAUGUGCGAGAAGACGAUCUAUGACAAUUUGCAGUGA